AUGGACUGGCUGGAUAGUUGCGUAAUCGCGACGAAGAUGACAGAGGGAAAAUGUCAACAUAUCGGCAAAGUGAGAGCCACUGCCCUCGUUUCAACAACGAAAGAAUUCGAUAUGAAAUCAUCGUCGAAAAAAAUUCAAGGAAACACCAGCGAAAAACCCACAUUCCUGUCCUCCUCCACACCUCGAUCACACGCAUGA